UAUCCCAAGAAAAGAAGACUGAAGAUUUGCCACUGAACUAAGUAUGAAGGGACUGCAUAAACUGACAGCAUCUGCAAUGGCACUGUUUCUGGCAGCGUCCUUCAUAUCUUUCUCCUGGAGUGCACCUCAGGCUUAUUUCCAAAGGAGAAACUGGACUCCCCAGGCUAUGCUCUAUUUGAAGGGUGCACAGGGACGUCGAUUCAUCUCAGAUGAGAGCCAGCGAAAGGAUCUGUAUGACAGAAUGCAGCUUGAAACACGCAGCCAAAACACAAAUCCUUUAUCUCUUUCUGAAGCUGCAGCACUGUUCCUUGGUUCCUUACGGAAAGCACAAGAGGAAGUUGAAGAAGAAAACACUGAUCACCCUGGCUACUUGACAGAUAAUCUAUCAAAUUGGUGAAAUAUUUCAAAUUUCUUUAACGUUUGUAUUGCAUAUACCCUGAAAUCAUGACUUGUGUAAACAGAAUAUUUCAUCCAUCUUCACUUAAGUUCACAAAGGGUGACAUAUAUACACAUUACAAAAUUUUGAAUGCAAACGGAUUAAAAGUUAUUUGUUCAGAUAAGGAAAGUAUUUGUAAAGUUCCUGCUUUGUUUAGACCAUUUCAUAUGUCCCACCCAAAAUUUAAAAUACGCUGUACCAUCUUACCUGAAAAGAUGAUUAAAACUGUCUUUUUGGACAACUACUUCAUUAAAAACAACUUUUCAAUAGUCAUUGGGAAACCAUUUACCACCUUCCACCCAGCUGUAUAUUGAAGCCUUUUUAUUUCUGAUAAAGGUAGAUUCCUUCACCACUUCACUGCUGGCCCUGUAAGUUGCUGAUAGUCAAUAAAGUCAGUGAGAUAUUAAAGCAAUCCUGUUAUCUUUGACUGCAAAGCCGGUGAUUUUUUUUUGCAGAUAACUGUCACCACUCGAGAAUAGGCAACAGCACUUACUUAGACCUCAGUACUGCCCCAGUUACAUGCAUACAGAAAUGUAUACUCUGAACAAUCCUACUGAGCAAGUCCCACCACAUAAAGGUAGUAUGGGGAUAGGUCUUACAGGACCAGGGCCUCAUUAAUAACUAUGGCAUACAGUCACUACUGUUGUCAGGAGGUGCAGUACUGCUGGAGCUAGUGGUAGUGUACUAGGUACAAAUCUAGUGUCAUGCAUGACAACAGGCACAAAGAAUAUUAAUCACAUCGUUAGUGUACUUUUUUGUUGGCCUGGUUUUUGAAUUGCAGAACUGGAAUUAUACAUAAAUUGGUUAAUUAUCAUUCCAUGCUGAUAAGGAUAUAUUUAACAUUAUUUAUGUAGUUUUGUGGUCUUACUGGAAAGCCCUCUGUAGUUCUCAUGUAAUUAAAAAGUAGCCACAUGA